AUGAAUAAAGAGAAAAAUAUCAUAAACAAUGUAAGCGCUACAACUGCAAUUGAUUUGAAAGCGGAAUUAGCACAACAUGUUGAGCAAUUUGAAAAAUCAAGAGCCAGUUUAGGGAAGCAAUCCACUGCCAAAAGACCCGAAAAGAAGCAGACUGUGUGGACAAGGCAAAACAAGGGCAUCCAUGAGCGAAAUCAGCGAGACAAAGUGACACAGCUGGAGGACGUGCAGGGUGAUGUGUUGCAGAGGAGCAGAGAACAGCUCGAAAAGAAGGCAAGAUUGUACGAGGCCAUGCGUUCAGGAGAAGGCUUUGAUGCGUAUGACGAGGAGCAAGACGAGGAAAAGAGGCCGCUGGUGGAUUUCGACAAAAAGUACUUUCAAGAGCGUGAUUUGGAGAGACAAAAAGAAGAAGCAGCAGCAGCAGCAGCAGCAGCAGCAGCACGAAAGAAGAGGAAGCGAAAUGACGAGGAAGAUGACAAUGACCCUUGGGUAGAGUUUGAAGAUGAGUUUGGUCGUACUCGUAUCAUUCGUCGCAGUGAAUUGCCCUCCACUGAACAACAGCAACACCACCAUCGCUCGGACGAUUCUGAUUACGACUCUGAGGAAGAAGAAAACAAGGCGUAUCUCAUCGCACAGCAGCGCUACAAGGCAGCAGAUCGAUCCGAUAUGAGCCAUUACGAGGCAGGCCGAGAGAUCCGAACCAAAGGUGUGGGUUUUUAUCAAUUCUCUAAAGACGAGCAAGAGAGACAGGCUCAAUUGGACAAGCUGAAUCGCUUGAGAACAGAAACAGAGAAUGCGCGAAAUUCACAAGCAAGUGCUUCAUCCAAACGGAAGCAAAUGUUGGCACAGAAUGCAGAAAAGAUUCGAGCAAGAAAAGCAGCAUUGAAAGCCAAGAAGCACCAUCAAUUGAAACCUGAGCAACAGAUACCCACUGAACAAGGACCUGCUGAAGUGACAGAAGACAGUGUAACAGAUUUCUUGAAAGCUAUGCGUAAACAAGUUGAAUGA